CACAACAACGAAUAUGGCACUCCCAACGGUCGACGAGGUGCAGACGGCCAUUUUGAAGGCGCUCGAUGCGUCGCCAUCGGGCACGCUCGACGACUCGCGCAAGCUCUCUGUGGGCGGGGCCGCGCUCUCCUCCCAGGAGGCGCAGGCUGUCGUCAAGUCGGCGCUUGACUCGCUGUUGAGCAAGGAGAUGGUCGACUACAAGCAGAUUACGACGAACGUGUACGGACUCACGGAAGAAGGGUCGCAGAUUGCCGCGAGCGGCUCGCACGAGUUCCGUGUGUGGCAGGCGUGUCCUGCCGAGGGAGCAGGCGAGCCGGCGACCGUGCCGGAGCUGAAGAAACUCCUCGGCGACGACACGGUCAAGGUCGGCCAGGGCCGCGCGUUCAAGAACAAGUGGAUUGCGAAGGCUGGGGCCGGCUUUGUGCGUGCGGCCUCGGCGCCCGUGGACGAGACGGCGGAGCAGCUGCGCGGCGUGCAGGCAAGCGGCGGGGCGGAGGACAAGAUCCUCAAGGAGCUGCAGAAGCGCAAGCUUGUAGUUGCGCGGAAACAGCUCCACUUUUCAGCGACUAAGGGGAGCAAGUUUGCGACCGAGGUCAAGACGCUCGAGACGGAUCUGUCGAGCGACAUGGUCGCGUCCGGCAAGUGGAAGGACGCCGAGUUCAAGCCGUACAACUUUGCCGCGCAGGGGCAGGCGACAGAGGGCGGCGCGCUCCACCCACUCCUCAAGGUGCGCGAGGAGUUCCGGCAGAUCUUCUUCGACCUCGGCUUCACCGAGAUGCCAACCAACCACUUCGUCGAGAGCGCGUUCUGGAACUUUGACGCCAUGUUCGUGCCCCAACAGCACCCUGCGCGUGAGCUGCAGGACACUUUCUACGUUAAGGACCCCGCCAAGGCCUUUAUCCCCGACGAGCCAUACUACGAGCGCGUAGCCAAGACGCACGAGGUUGGAGGCUACGGAUCGAUUGGGUACCGUGCACCGUUCUCGCGUGCCGAGAGCGAGCGUCUCCUGCUGCGCACGCACACGACCGCCGUCUCGACCGACAUGCUGUACCGAUUGGCGAACCAGCCGGGUGGCUUCAAGCCAGCCAAGCUGUUCAGUAUCGACCGCGUGUUCCGCAACGAAGCGACGGACGCGACGCAUCUCGCCGAGUUCCACCAGGUCGAGGGUGUCGUCGCCGACUACGACAUCACGCUCGGCCACCUCAUCGGCUUCAUGCAGGAGUUCUUCGCCAAGACGGGCAACCACAAGCUGCGCUUCAAGCCCGCGUAUAACCCGUACACCGAGCCGUCGAUGGAGGUCUUCUCGUGGCACGAGGGCCUCGGCAAGUGGAUCGAGAUCGCCAACUCGGGCGUGUUCCGCCCAGAGAUGCUCGAGCCCAUGGGCCUGCCCAAGGGCGUGCGUGUGCUUGGCUGGGGCAUGUCGCUUGAGCGCCCCACCAUGAUCAAGUACAAGAUCUCGGACAUCCGUACUCUUGUCGGCCACAAGACCGACCUCCUCGGCGUCAAGUCGGCCGCAGCCGUCCGCCUCGACAAGGGCGACGAGUAGAGUAGACACCGGCUAGAGCACCUCUGCAUAUGCGAUCCUGAGCCUUCAUACUACUUCCUAUGCGUUCUAUGGGCGGAUAGACUCGCCCUUUACAAUCUUGUGC